CAGCAACAAAAAGUUGUUUACAUCAUGGCGUCUUAUGUCUUCCGGUUUGUUAAUUUGCGGUGAGAAGUUUGUAUAUUUUGCUUGAUUUAGUGUUUUUUCGAUCGUUUUAAAAUGCCAGGUAAAAAGAAACCUAAAGGAAAAAAGAAAGGAAAGAAAGCGACAAAAAGUUCAGCUGUUUCACAGAAAUCAACUGAUGUUUUACAGCCGGAAGCCAUUUCUCAACCUAUUCUUCCCCGAGAAAAACUGAUUGAUCUACUGACAUCGAAUCCAGUUGAUGAAAAAGAAGUUCAUGGUAACAAAGUAUCAACAAGAGUUCUUAAAGAAUUAACACCACAAGAAAUUCGUGAUUUGAGGAUUGUUUUUGAUCUUUUUGACAUUAACAAUGAUGGAUUUAUUGGAUCUGCGGAGCUCCGCCGAGCAUUAAAGGCACUAGGAUUUAAAAUAUCCAAAAUAGAAGCUCAAAAACUUAUUGUUGACUCAAGUGCUAAAGGAAUGAGUUUAAUAACCUUCACAGAAUUUCUAGAAACAGUGAUAGAUCGACAAGGCGAUACCAGAGAUAUUUAUGAUGAAAUUUUAAAGGGUUUUAAAAUGUUUGAUAUUGAUGAAACUGGUUCCAUUUCAAUUGAUAAUUUAAGAAUAGCUUGCCAGGAUACAGGACUGAAAUUUACUCAGAAAGAUUUAGAAGAAAUGAUCGUGGAAGCUGACAUAAAUGGCGAUGGUUUGAUUGAUCAGUCUGAAUUUAUACGAAUUAUGUUACAGACCAAUCUCUUUUAGAUUUAAGAUGCACUGAUUGUCAUUGAAGGGAGUGUUAGUUAAUCCCUAAGGUCUGGCACAGGGCCGUAUUUAGCGGGGGUGCAGGGGGUACAUUGCACCCCAGAAAAAUAAUGUGCCCCCCACCCCAUCCAAAAAAACAAAAAUUAUUUGACAAUCUUUCAGUUAUAAAAUAAUACACUUGAUUAUGAUCACACAGUGAUGCUCUUAAGGCACUGAUCAGUCGAUCGGUUUUAAGGGCGCCCACAUGCCAAUGGGUUCAUUUGCCCUGAUCGAAACUUUCUUAUAUCACAUACGUGGAGGCUAUGGUGCCCCACCACUCUGCUGCACCCCCACUUUUAAAAUCCUACAUACGGCCCUGGUCUGGCAAACUACAAUAAAAUGAAGAUAAGUCUGAAAAUGUUGUAUUUCCACUCAGUAUUCACAAAAAUAUGAUAAAUUGAGAACCUCCUUUGAACAUUGGGUAAAAUGUUUUGAUCAUCCUCUUUUUCCUCCAAUUUAAGCCAGGAGAUUAUCUAUAGUGGAUAUUUUGGUUUUGUUUUGUAAUAAAAUGUUGUAUACUGUGGCAGUAGAAUGGCUUGUCUAUGUUUUGUAAUAAAAUGUUGAAUACUGUGGUA